UUGUUUUUCAGCGGUGUGUCGUGUUUGGCCUGUCAAACCGUGUGACUUUUCACUGGAACGACGAGACUGGAAUAACAGGGAUGCACAUGACUAAAAAGUCCAGGAACACAAUGAAACCACCAUCACAGACUCAGUCCUCUCCUCUCAGCAGCUUAAUGUUUGAAGGCGUCUACAACAAUGCCAGAAUGCUUCAUUUCCUCACAGCGGUCGUGGGCUCCACCUGUGAUGUCAGAGUGAAAAAUGGCGCCGUGUAUGAGGGAAUCUUCAAGACUUUAAGCUCUCAGUGCGAGCUGGCUGUGGACGCUGUUCAUAAACAGAGCGAUGGAGGAGGAGGAGGAGAGGAAGGCGGAGGAGGAGGUGGAGGAAGCCAGUCCUCUCCACCACCCAAGAUUGAAGAUAUCACUGACACGAUGAUCUUCAGCCCCACCGACCUGGUGACCAUGACCUGCCGCGAUGUCGACUUGAGCUUUGCCGUCAGAGACACUUUCACCGACACCUCCAUCAGCUCGACGCGGGUGAACGGGGAACACCGGGAGAAGGUUCUGCAGCGGUGGGACGGAAAUGGAAAUGGAGAAAACUUUGAACUGGAGUCCGACACAUCAAACGGCUGGGACGCCAACGAGAUGUUCAAGUUCAACGAGGAGGCGUACGGCGUCAAGUCCACCUACGACUCCAGCCUCUCCAUGUACACCAUGCCUUUGGAGAAGGGGAACUCGGAGGUUUACCGGCAGCGGGAAGCGCGGGCGGCUCGGUUAGCCAACGAGAUCGAGAGCAGCCUGCAGUACCGCCGGCGGGUGUCCUUAGAGAACGAGGAGGGCAGGAGCGAGGAGGAGAAGUACAGCGCCGUGGUCCGAGAGAGGGAGGACAGGGCGAGCCCCGGGUCCACCUCCGGCGGCAGGGAAGGUAAAUACAUUCCUCUUCCUCAGCGGGCGCGAGAGAUCGGCCUGUCUGGCGGCGCGAGGACCGGAGGCUCCGGCCGAACCGCCGCGCCGACCUCCUCCAGACACCCGCCGCCCGGCUCGUCCUCCCCCAAACCGCCGUCUGAUAGGAGCAGUCCGCUGUCCGUCAGAACCGCCUACUCUCCCCACCAAUCGCAGAGCAGCCCGCCGGCAGCCAGCAGCCCUCCAUGCACCAAUCAUGUUCUCCCGCACUCCCUCUCCCAUCCUCAGGCGCUGGCCGACACGACGCGCUCUGUUAACGGAGUUACAUCCAGAACUUCCCCAAAGUCCCAGAGACUCCAGAGCAGCAGAACCCUGAGAACCCCAAACUCCCAGUCCUCACCUGCAGUCGCUCGUGCUCCAAAACCAGACGCUCCUCCCCAGGACCUCCCCCUGGUUGGCCCCGCCUUCUUGGACUCCUCCCCUUCCACUGUCUCCACGGCAACCGCCGCCAAACCCCCCGGCCCCACCCCGCUCUUCCCUGUCGACGUGAAUGAGAUCCUGAGCUCAGCAGCUAAAGAGCGAACUGAAAGUCUGUCCAGCCCGCAGGAAGCCAAGAGCAGCAAAGCCCCCUCAGUCCAGCAGAGGUCUCAGCUGGAGGAGCUCCGCAAGUUCGGCAAAGAGUUCAGGCUGCAGCCCAGCUCCUCCCCUUCAGCGAGUCCGGCCUCAGCAGAUCCUCCUCAGCACAGCCCCGCCUCGCCUGCCGAGUCAUCCUCCUCCUCCCCCCCGGCGCUGCCCAAACCUCUCACCUCCCCUGGCCAAGAUCUUCCACAGACCACAGAGCCGGCCGCGACCCCCGCCGCCCAGACGCCCACGACUCCUGCCGGCCCCCAGCCCUCAGGGCCAGAGGGUCCGCAGCCUGGGUCGCCCCAGUCGGCCCCGGCCCCCAGCAGCGAGGAGGCCUGUCCGGAGGGCAGCGAACGAUCGGAGGCUGCGUCUGCAGCUACAGUACAAGUGAAAAACUCAACUUUGAAUCCAAAUGCAAAAGAAUUUCUUCCCAUAAAAGGAAACACAGCCCUGAAGCCUACGCCGACCCCCACCCCUCCUCGACCAACCCCCACCAGCCCCUCCGUGGUUCUGCCUCCGCCGGGACAGCCAGGAGGAGGAGGAGGAGCCGUGUACAGCGGCCCACCUGGACACUACCUGUCCUACGUCUCCCCGAUCCACAUCCAAGGACACUCCAUCCAGGCUCCUCAGAUGUAUCAGUACACCAUGUCAACAGUCAACCAGGGCAAAUAUGCCAGAGCCAAAGGCCCAGUGGUGGGACAACGUCCGGAGCACCACCCCUCCACAGCGUCCCCCAUGAUCUCAGCCGCAGCCUCAGCAGCAGGACCGCCGCUGGUGGCCUCGCCUUACCCCCAGUCCUACCUGCAGUACGGUCAGGUGAUCCAGGCCAUGCCCCCACACUACCACGGACAGGUACCGAGGCACGAAACUGUCAGCAGGCGUUUAAAGGCAGUUUACUCGAUGCUGCAGGGGGGUGCAAGGAUGCUGACGUCCGGGGCCCCUCCUCAGUCCAUGGGUCCUCCUGGCCCCCAGUACCCCGGCCAGGCUGAGGGCCAGCCGGGGCCACAACAGGCCAUGUAUGCUCAGUCGUUCUCUCACCACUCGGGCUCCAUCCAUCAUCCUCAGCCCUCCAGCACCCCCACCGGGAAUCAGCCCCCGCCGCAGCACACAGCGGCCAGUCCAGGACACACUCAGUCCAGUCAGGCUGGUCCUCAGCCUCAGUCCAUGUUCCACUCUGGAGGUCUGUCGGCUCCCACUCCUCCUAACCUGCCGCCGGGCCACAGCUCCCCGCAGGCCUCCUACACCGUGCAGGGAUACGGCCUCCCCGGCCACCAGCCGCUGCCCCACGGCUUCCCCUCCAUCGGCCAGCUCACACAGCCUCACGUCGCAGGAGGCCUGUCGGGUCCUCACCACUCCGCUGGUCACGGCCUGCCGCCGGUCAUGCUGCACUACGUCCCCCCUCAGCAGGGCAGCAGCUCCAACCCCCAGCAGGGAGCACCACAGCACUUCUACAUCGGACCCCCCCAAGCUGUUCAGGUUCAGGCUCACCACAGCCAGCAGCUGUCCUUCCACCCGUCCGCAAACUGAACCUCCCACCGUCACGGCCGGAUUGGGGAGCGAGGAAGACGAGCGCCGCUGUGUGACGAAAGCCCAGGCGAUUUGAAACAUUCCCACCUCCGGACAUCAAAUUAACACGUCCUUCUUUUUAGCCACAUCCUUUACACACAAACACCUUCCACGGGACAUUUCUGGAUUUUAAUGUGAACACAAACUGUUUUCACAACACAAAGCUGGACUGAAGACGAGAACUGGUGGAAACUUUUGGACUGAAAGCCGUGGAAAAAGUUUUUCCCCCCACCCUGCCUGACCUUUUACAGACGAAACCAGUUCAUUAAUAAUAA